AUGACCAAAAUGGAGGAUCAUGUGCUCAUUAUCCCCUCAAAACGGUUUGUCCAAAUUCUGCAAGAGUUAAGAGAUGCAUUUGGGAGCCCACAGAGCAUCCAGCAGAAGAUCCCAGCAGGUGAGGGCAUUGCAGGAAAGGAGAUCAAACUGACAACACAGGAUAUCAAGUGGUGUCAUGAGAAGAUGCGAGAGAGGGGCAUCCCAGAGCGUGUCCAUGAACUACUGGCAGAGAGCGAGAUCAUCUUGCCCAAAUACGAACCACCCCCGAGGAGCCCAGAACUGGAAGCCAGGAUUCAAAGGCUGCGUUUUGAGCAAGAGAACCGCGACUACAAAGACAUGGUCAAAAGUGUGGAUAACGUCUACCAGGGAGAUGGAACGCAGCUUGGAGAGAUUGGCAAAGAAAUGCGGAUUGUAAAUAGGCAUAUCAUUUCAGGGCUUCAGUACCUCUUGUCUGUUAUUGGCACUUUCUUUGCUGUCUUUAUUGCAUUGGGGAUGGCCACCCAGGAUUAUGGAGUGAGGGCUCUGGUAGCCACACUGGCUGCAUUGGCAGUCGGCUUAGCAGAAAUGUAUUUCAUUAUCAGGGAAGAUUUAAAGGAAGAAAAAAAACAGGUUAAAGUGAAAUAGUAACUACUGAAAAUCUGUGCCAAAAAUACUGAUAAUUUUCCUUUUUUUUUUUGUUGGGUUUUGUUUUGUUUUGAAGAAGUUGAGAAGAAAAUGUGAGAAUAACAUCCAUUAUUCUUGUUUUACUUUCAAGUAGUAGUGCAAUAUAACUUUGUUGUUUGAAUGAUUUGUGUUUUUGACUUUUUCCUGUUGCUUAUUUGAGAAUUUAUAUAUAUUGUUUUCUAAGAUAUCAAAUACUGUCCUUCGAAAUAUUAUUUGUUGAAGAAAAACAUAAGGCAAGUUACUUUGUGCAUUAUGUUGAAUAAACUAUAUAGGAUAAAGUGAAUAAUUGCACUGAAUAAGCAUCAAAAUUAAGGAAAAUAUGAAAAUUAAUUCUGAAUAGUAAUAAGAACUCAUUAGGACAAGUUACCCCUUGUUAGAUAAAAGUUGCUCAUAUUCUUGUGCAUUACUAAAAGGUUUUUCUAUACAAAAAAAAGGCAUUUAAAUCUUGCAUUUGAUAUCUUUUUUUUAAUAUAAUUUUUUGCAUAAUUUGUAUUCUUUACUGCACAACAGAUAAUCAUGUUAUAAGUGUUUUGCUCACAUGGAAGGUUAGUGCCAAAUGCAUAUGUGAUUUGAUUGGUGAUACAGUUUGUAAGAUGGCAUUAGUAUGAUUUUCUACAUUAUUUUGCAUGUGCAGUGAAUGUGAUGUUAACAUUCCAUUUUCUAUUUGUUUGUGUUGUUUCGUAUUGUCUGUAGUCUUGUGUAGCAGAAUGUUACCCAUAAUCGGGUCACCAUAAGAUUGUGUACAUUGUUUAACUUAAAACAGAGAGGUAUGUAAUAUUGUGAAUUGUAUCUAGUUACCAAUAAAGUUGAAUUUUAAUGACCA